AUGAAUGAUGAAAAUAUAUUAAUAUAUAAUUAUAAAUUACAAAAUUCAAAAAAUGAAGAGAUUGAAUUCAGUCAAUUUAGAGGAAAAGUGGUUAUCAUAGUCAAUGUUGCUAGUUUAUGUGGUUUCACUCCUCAAUAUAAUGAAUUACAACAAUUAUACAAUAAAUACCAUGAUCAUGGACUCGAAAUUUUAGCAUUUCCAUGUAAUCAAUUUGCUCAUCAGGAACCAUUAUCAGAUUUAGAAAUUGAAACAUCAGUACGAAAGAAGUUUAAUGUUACUUUCCCAAUAAUGAAGAAAAUUAAUGUAAAUGGAGAUUAUGAAUCGAAAUUUUAUAAAUAUUUAAAAGAACAACAAAAAGAUGAAUUAGGGUUUAAGGGAAUCAGAUGGAAUUUUACGAAAUUUAUAAUAGAUAAGCAAGGUAAAGUUAUAACAAGAUUUGAUUCGUUUAUUUCACCUUUACAAUUUGAAUCUUAUAUCAAACAAUUAUUAAGUUUUUAA